AUGGGCAGUGGGGCUUCAAUGAGGGAAGUGAAAAAUGGUGAUAAUCUGCUAGGGCAAGCUGAGAGAGACUCAGGGGACGUUUCAGUGAAUGCUGCUGAUGGAAGGUAUGGUUCGCGCCUGCGCCCUUUCACCUCUCCUGGAACUGCAUCUAGUCAGUCAGCCGCUAAAUGUGUGGUGAUGGACAACAGCAGUCAACAGGAGGUGACUAGUGAGCAAGCUGUCACAGAGGACGACUGGGCCAGUGGAAUUUACAUCCAGGGCAAAGGCACAGUCAUGACCAAUAUGUUUGAGGAAAAGGCAAAAGUCUGCAAAUACCUUGACGCUGAAUCUGGCCUGUGGGUCCUACUACCGCUACAGUGGGAGAUGAACAUUGACUUUGUAAGCGAGAGGAUCAAACAAGUGAUGGGUGCUCUGCCAGGCCUAGUGGAUCAGAAGGAGAUUACUGCAGCCCUGAGACAGUGUAACUACGACCCUGACAAGGUCAUCUCUGUCUACCUCACAACCUUUGGAGAUGUCCUCUUCCGGCCUUCUGCUGUGGAGCAGAACCACAGUGAGCUCAACCUCUUCAGAUCCCAUUCGGAGAAGGACAGUGUGAUUGAGGACCUAAGACAGAACCUCCAGACCGAAGAGAAGGAAGCAGAGAACCAAUUCCAGAGAAACAGCAACCUCGCACACGAGGCUCUCUACCUGUCUGACAUGGUCCAGCACCUCAACCAGAGAGUGGCUGAGCUGGAGGCAGAGCAGCAGGAUAACCUGGAGAAGAUCACAGCUCUGCUGAAUCACAGACCCCCGCUUUCUACACCGCCCACAAGGCCUGCCUCCACACCAACCCCCAAACCGACCAUGGACCUCAGGCAGCUACACCAGGUAAGCCGUCUCACCCGGGAGCUAAGCUGUUCCAACAAGCAGCUGCGCUCUGUGGUGCAUCAGACCCUGGCUGACAUUCAGAACCAGGUAGAGGAGGCAGUCGGGGCGUUGGAGGAGCUGAGGUGCCUCUACAGGAUGGAGGUCCUGGAGAGGAGGGCCCUGAACAACGAGCCGCUGGAGCUCCACGGGAACAUCCAGGUGUUCUGCCGCUUUAGGCGGCUCUCUGGGGGACUCUCCUGCCUGGACACAGCCUCAGACCAGGAGCUGCUGGUUCACAACAAGGGAACCACAAAGAAGUUCACAUUUGAUAAAGUCUACCCCUCCAAUACUACACAGGAGGAGGUGUUUGAAGGGGCCCUCCCCAUAAUAACAUCCUGUGUGGUUGGAUAUAAAGUCUGUAUUCUGGCCUAUGGUCAGACAGGCUCUGGGAAGACUUACACCAUAACAGGUACCAAAGACGAACCUGGACUAAAUAUUAGAUCCAUCAGAGAGCUGCUGCGCAUGUGUAAAGGAAAAGAGAACAUGGCUUACAAUCUCAAGAUAUCCAUGUUGGAAAUCUACAAUGACAGCCUGAAUGACCUCCUGUCUGUGAACCCCACCGGUCCCUUAGAGGUCCGGACCCAGGGUAAGGUCAUCAGUGUGCCAGGGCUGACCCACAUCGAGGUGAGGACGGAGGACGACAUCCUGAACGCCAUGGAAAUGGUGGACAAGAACAGGAAGAUUGGCUCCACCAAAAUGAACAGAGAAAGCUCGCGCUCUCACCUGAUGCUCACCCUGUCAGUGGAGGGGACAGACAGUGUCUCUGGACUGACAUCUUGUGGCACCCUGACUGUGUGCGACCUGGCCGGUCCUAAGCACAUCUCCAAGACAGAGGCCAAAGGACAAAGUCUGGUGGAGGCAGCAGCCAUCAACAGGUCCCUGACAUCCUUGAGACAGGUUUUUACUGCCCUGAAAAGUAACGCCCCCCACGUGCCCUUUAGAAACUCUAAACUAACACACCUCCUUCAGCCGUACCUCAGCGGAGACGCCCAGUGCUGUGUGUUUGUGAAUGUGAGUCCUGAUGUGAACCAUGUGGUAGACACCCUGAACACGCUGCAGUUUGGAUACAACCUAAGACAGAUAGCCCUGGGAAAGAUCACGCAACACAUCAAUCCCGCUAAGAACACCAAGGCUGACAAAUAAGCACGAGACGACAAAU